UUUCUCUGCCUACAUGACACUGGUGUUGUGUUGAAAAUUCAGACUCACCUUUUACUUUCUUGUACAAUGUUAAAUAUACAGAAAUCUACCUGACAACAGCAAUUAACUUUAUUCCGAUUGGGGGUUUUUUUGUUUGUUAUUUUGUUAGUUUUCACCCAAGGAGGCAAACUCCUUUUCAAUCCUCCUUUGAUGGCUGGUUUGAUCUCAUCUCUCACACAGUAACAGCCACGACAGGAGUCGAGACGACACCCGGCAGUUGAGUGUAAGAAAUUGCACUUUUUUAUUUUUUAUUUUGCAUUGCAACAAUGGAAACACAAGCUACAGUUCGCGGGGCAUCAUCUAAGAUGAUCCCUCUGGCCUUGCCCAAAGGAGAGGAGAGGCUGUGUGAACUCUGUCAGAAGAGAGCGCAGCUGCAGUGCAACCUGUGUCGGGUCACCUUCUACUGUGAUGCAGAGCACCAGCAGGCCGACUGGUUGGGGAUCCACGAGAAAAUAUGUCCGCUGCUUAUACCCAUUCGCACCACAACAAUCCUCAGUCUCCAGCGGGCCGGCCGCAUUGAAACACAGCUCAAAAAGGCGGAGCUGAUAGAGAUUUGCAGGCUGGCCGCUCAGAGGAAGCUGUCCGAGAGAAAACACAGUGAGGCCCUGCCCGCCGCCCAGUUCUGCCUCCGCUGUUCCAUAGACGUCCAUGGCUCCAGUACGGGCCAGCUGGUGCCUGCCUACCUGCUGCUGGCGGAGGCCAACAUGGGUUUGGGUAAUCUAGCAGUGGUGGCGGACCUCCUGUCCCAGGCCGAGUGGGCCGUGUUGAAGAGCCCAGAGUGUGGUCACGCAGUCCAGCAGCAGCUGCACAGGAGCCUGGGCCACCUCUACACGGCGACUGGAAACCUGGAAACUGCUCUACUUCACUUUGCAAAUGAUAUAUACUAUGCCAGCGAGGAGUAUGGUCUGGAUAGCACAGUCACCUGCGAUGGCUACUUCUUCAUGGCUGAUGUCUUUGCCAAACAGGGGAAGAUGUCCAUAACUCGUUCCCUGUACUCAGCGGUGGCACACACUUGGCACUGCCAUCUGACCGAACUCCUCCACACCCAUGUCCAAUUUUUCCAAAACCCCGAUGAGCUGUUGGAGCCCUCGUAUGUUGGCCCGGGAGAACAACAUGGUGAAAACAAAGGCCGACGAGCUGAAGGGGACGAGAUGUUGAGAACCAUGUUGGAGUUUGAGCAGGACAACUCCAGAAAAGAACCCGCCCAGAUUGCCCUGGUGGCCCACUGCCUGGCCAUGCUCUGGUUUUUGGAAGGAGACAACCUGAAGGCACUGGGAUUUGGCGGCACGGCCCUGCAGGCCAGCCAGCUGAUACCAAACCGUGACCUGACAGAGGCCAUCCGGGGCCUGUUGCAGCUGGUGCAGAGUUUGCAGACAGGCCCACCUCCCGGUUCCGGCUAGUCACCGUCCCUUCCCUGCCUCUCCAUCUGCUCGGAGAUCCGCUCCAUCAGGACCGCUGUUUACCCCCACACAGACUCAGCCACGUGGAUGCGCUGAACUGCUGCAUUAAAUAAAAAGAAUUCAUCUGAAA